UAAGAGGACUCCUCUCUCAUUCCAUGACUGCUAAAUGUGUGUUUCACCUCCAUAAACACAUCCACAUCCAUUUUAUUUCUAUUUUCAUCUUUUUUUAUUUUUCUGUUGUAAACUGUCCUGGGAUGUCUGAGAAGGGACAGUAUAAUUUAAAUAAAUAAAUAAAAUAAAUAUGUAUAUAAACACACUUUCUUGAUGCACUUCACUGUGUUGCAGAGUGUACCUCAGUCAAGGUGCUCUGAGCGCUGUCGCCCUGGCUAUGCCAAGAAGGUUCAGGAAGGAGCACCACCAUGCUGUUUUCUCUGUGCUCCAUGUGCAGAAGGGACCAUCUCCACCCAAGAAGAUGCAGAGCAUUGCACCAAGUGUCCAGAAGAUCAGCAUCCAAACACGGAGAGAGAUCGAUGUGUCCCCAAGAUCGUAACCUUCCUGUCCUAUGAAGAACCUCUGGGAACUGUCCUGGCUACCUUUGCCCUGUUCUUCACUUUAACUUCUUGUUUUGUGUUAGCAAUUUUCAUUAAAUAUCUGGAAACGCCAGUAAUCAAAGCCAACAACCGAGACCUUUCCUAUAUUCUGCUGGUCUCCCUCCUGCUUUCCUUCCUGAUCUCCUUCUUAUUCAUUGGGCCACCACAAAACAUGACUUGCCUCUUCCGACAAACAGCCUUCAGCAUCAUCUUCUCAGUUGCCAGCUCUACUGUGUUGGCCAAGACAGUCACUGUGGUGCUGGCCUUCCUGGCCACCAAGCCAGGGAGCAAGGUGAGAAUGUGGCUGGGGAAGAGCCUAGCAUACUUGAUUGUUGUUUCAUGUUCCAGUGUGCAGGUCGUCAUCUGCUCCAUCUGGCUGGGCAUCUCUCCACCCUUCCCAGAUGUUAACAUGCACUCCCCACCUGGACAAAUCCUCCUGCAAUGCAACGAAGGACCUGUGGCCUUGUUUUACACAGCCCUGGGGUACAUGGGCUUUCUGGCUUCCAUCUGCUUCAUAGUGGCUUUCCUGGCUAGAAAGCUGCCUACAGCCUUCAACGAAGCCAAGCUGAUCACAUUCAGCAUGCUGGUCUUCUGUAGCAUCUGGGUGUCCUUUGUGCCAUCCUACCUGAGCACCAAGGGGAAGUACAUGGUGGCCGUGCAGGUCUUCUCCAUCCUGGCCUCCAGUGCUGGCCUGCUGGGCUGCAUCUUUCUUCCCAAGUGCUACAUCAUUCUCCUCAGGCCUGACCUGAAUACAAAGGAACAUCUCAUGAGAAAAGCAAGCCAGGGCAAGAGAUGA